CGUUCAGAUACGCGGAUGUGAUGCAUGAGAUGUUAAUCAGAUGAAAUUAUUUCGAGUACCGAUACUUAAAAUUAAUAAUAUUGUUUCUUUUGUGAAGAGAAUAUUUGCACGAACAUUUCAGAUCUGUUUUUUUUAUAUGCAAAUUUUAAGAUUCAAGUUUUAAGAUUGACUGUUUAUAUUUUAACACUUUGCUGUUGACUGUUGAUUUAUUUCAGCUAUAAUUAUGGAGGCAAAUAAGGAGUUGUACUUCCUGGUCGAAUAAUGUGUUUCGGGAGAUUAGGAAGCCUAUCUUAAGUUCACUGAUUUAUCUAUCCAGUGUAUCCAUCUCGCCUGUACCAGUUAAAAUGUAUAUUUCGUGGACAUUUAUCUUUUGUAUUGUUUUACAUCAUCGGAAUUUUGCUACAGGCAUUGUGACGUCAGUAAGUAUCAACGGAGAUGACAGUGUAGUUGAAGGAAAGUCCAUUACACUAAAAUGUGUGGCUACGUGUAACAAUAGCACGUGUACCUUCAAAUGGAAUGGACCUUAUUUACCGUCCAUCACCAGCCAGCCGAAUCUUUUACUUGACAAAGUAAACAGAAACUACAGUAACAAAAGUUAUACUUGCGUUGUGACUGAUUCGGGAGAUAAUAACAGAAAAGAAGCCAAGACAUCAUUUGUUGUAUUUUAUGGACCUGACACUGUUUCCAUAGCAGCAGGACCUCACCUCAACGUGACAGUAGGGGUCACGUAUAGCAGUUACGAUGUAUCAUGCAAGGCAAGUAAUUGUUACCCGCCAUGUAACACUUUUAAAUGGACAAAGUUGCGUGAAUCCACACCUAUAUCAACACAGACGCGACUGUUUAAAAUAGAUAAAGAUAUCCAGAAAGAUGACGCAGGAAGUUACAGUUGUUCAGCGUCAAACGAUAAAUCUGAACCGAAAACAGCACCGCUGACUAUCACUGUAAAUUAUCCGCCAACUGUCCGACUGACCUGGCUAGAAAAUGAGAAAAAAUUAAAAUGCCAGGCUGAAGGGGUUCCGAAUAAUUAUGACUUUCAGAGGAUCAAACAAUUCAUGGAUACAACUUUUCUUAAGAGUUAUGACGUCAUUCAGACAGAUGCCACCGCUACGUUAACGUUUAAAGAAAAUACGUACCAAAUGACCGGCAAAUAUAUCUGUUACGUUACCAAUGGAAUAGGUAGUCUACAAAGCGGUUCAAUUUCACUAAAGAUUGAAGACAAACCACAAGUCGUCAAGCAUAUCAAUCAUUACAAUGUUUCUAAAGGCAAAAAUCUUGAUGUCAAUGUGGAGCUAUAUUCAUUCCCUACAGUAACAAAAAGUCAAAUUAGUGUCAAAUCAACCUCAGGUCGUAACCCUUUUAUAGUCAGUGAAUUAAAAAAUAAAACUGUCAACGUUACAUUUCAUGGAAUACCUUUAGAUAUGCCGGGGCAAGAACUCGUUCUGUCGUUGAAGGAGGCUUUAGAGGAACAUUUUACUAAUUUCACUAUAACAAUUGGUAAUAAUUUCGGCUCCAUGACAACUGAUAUUAUUAUUUAUCCUGAAGGACCACCAGAUAUUCCCAUAAUUUUCUCUAAGUCUGAUACUUCACCACAUUCAGUUAGUUUUUUACUGGUCACUGGGUUUUUCAAUGGAGGUGGACAGACGAUUGUGGUGGAACAUAGAUCAGGUCAAUCAGAAUGGUUAAAUGGAACAACCAAAUAUGCCGGCGAGGAGAAGAAUAAAAGUAUGAUUGUAGCAGUUAAAAGACUAGAUCCAGAGACCACAUACGAGUUUCGAGCCUACGCUUUCAACGAGUAUGACUGUAGCAAUUAUACAGAUGUAAUCAAAGAGACAACAUCCGCUGAGGAAAGAUACACAGGUGCGAUAGUUGGAGGGGUGAUCGGGGCAAUUCUCUUGUUGGUCAUCAUAGCUGGGCCGCUGGUUUGGAUACGAAGAAAGAAGAGGAAAGAACCAAACAGCGGCACGUACAUUAAAAGAAACACAGAUUUGACUUUGAAGAUGCCUACUUCGCCGGAAUAUGAGAAUAAUUAUCGGUCCGACCAGACAAUGUUUACCGACGAGCCCGGAUGUCCCGUCACCCCAGACCAACCUUCAAAUAUUUACGAAAAUACCAAAUUAAAGACCGGAAAUGAGGGUAAAGUUAAUGAUGUGCCAUACGACAUUCCUCCUAACAAAGACAAAUCCAGAUUUACCCCAUAUGAUACUCCUCGAUCAAAUCAAGGUUUGUACCAAAAUCCUUUGUCAAAAAGCCAACAUUACGAUGUUCCUCAGCAACCAAAAGGAGAAAAGUGCAAUGAACAAUCAAACAAUUAUCUGUACGACAUUCCAAGGUCUAAAAAGAAUAUUUAUCAACUUCCUAAACCCAUUAAGGACGUGCACAAGUCAAACAAGAUACCGAGUUAUGGAAACUCUAAGUUUGACCGUGGUCAUGAAGGAAAGGAACUUUACGACAAUCCUACGUCACAUGGUACAAGCAUAAGAGGAGAUGUCAGUGACAAUGUGGACUCCAUUCCUUCGUAUUUAGAUUUGAAUAAUCCAAACACAAAUUUAGUGGAGGAAGCCUAUGUGGAUGUUACCAAUCCCAAAGGCAAACCAAGACUUAACAAACAAGGAACAAGUAUUGACGAUGAUUAUCUUGAUAUGAAUGAAGUUAAUAAGAUAAAAGAGUCACCAUAUGUUAAUGCUAAACGUGCAAGCAAACCUUCCGAACAUUUAGAUAAUGGAUGUAAUAAAGAUGAAAAGGAUUAUCAAAAUGUGGAGCAUUAUAAGAAGAGUAAAGGUCCGCCUGCUGUUGCCAAGAACAAGAAACCAAAUAAAAAGGCGAAUAAAGAAGUUAAUGAAAGAAUUGCAGAUACUGAAGAAGAAUCCAAAGACUACCAGAAUAUUGAAAAAUAUAAACAAAUUCCUAAACAACCUAGUCUUGAAUCGAACGAGCUGUAUAUGACAAUGUCAACAGAAUCAAAAAGGGAAAGUGCGAUUUCUCUGCCAGGUUUCCAUGCUCCGCCUCCCCCUACCGUUCUUGAAGAGGAAUAUAUGAAUAUACAAAUAGGGAAAGGAAAGUAAUAUGAAGACAAAUUCUUAUUUCCCGAACGACAAUAUUAAUAAACAGAUACUUAGUUUGUGAAUAUUUAGAGUCAGCUAACUUUUGACUUUAUUGCAUUAACCGCUGCUCGAAAACUAUAUACGUCAUUUUCGGGAUAAAUAUUAAGUGUCUUCUCCUUAUAGUAAAAAAAAGUUGACGUAAAAUAAGAGAACAUGAAAAACUGCAAUAAAUGUGAAGAACAAAGAGGAAUGAAUAUGAUUCACUUAGCGUUAUGUAUCAUAUGAAACUGGUGCUUUUAAUCAAAUGCAAUUUUUACAUUGAGCAAAUGAGAUAUUACAAGGAGUGACAAUUGUGUUUAAAUAUAUGUUUCGAAAAAGAAAAAGUCGGUAACUGUUUUGAAACGUUUUGAAGUCCUUUAUGCGAUGAUAAAGUCGCCGAAAAAAAUCUCGUCUGAGCCUUAACUCAAUGUGAAGCAAAAAGUUGGACAAUCAAAAGGAAGGUGGACUCUGUGCUACGACUGUUGGUUUCUUCUAUAGAAUAAGAACGGCCAAAUAAACUCCCUCAAAUCAACCUCUUGGCUUGAUGAGAUUAAAACAAUUCAAAUUUUCUAUUGGUUAGAACCAAGACGGCGAAUAACAGAAGCUAUUCGUUAGGAAAAGGAUAGACAGUAACAACUUUAUGUCAUUAAUAGUAUAGAAACCAAACGAACGAUGUGAUAUAUGAAUUGAAUGAUAGUAAAUGAAUGUUAAUCACUUUAUACACUGUAUAUUUCUCUUACAUAUAUUCUAAAUCUGUAUCACUUUUAUCUCAUAAGCAUAAAUUUAUUCUUUCAAUUAUAUUUUUAUAAAAAUAGA